CAGCGCGCGCUUGAACGCUGAUGAGAAGCAGCACUGAUUAAGCAGAAAAAACAGAAAGGAGUUUCAGCGAGCGACUCCCACGAGAAAAGAAACGGCGCACUGUUAGGAAUUUUCAAUGGGGAAAAAGCCUGUAGUUUUCUUUUAAUCAAAAUGGCACAACGGCACGCAUGUUUGGACACGGGAAAGUUGCAAAGGACAAUCUGAGAGAGACCUUUCUGGGAUAUUAGAGCUGCGCUGGAUUUGAUCUGUCCUUAAAGGAGAAGCGCAGCACACUGGAUUUUUACACUGAGCUCAUAGAGCAGUUGUGAUGUCUUGAAGCAGUAUCUGGGCCUUUUGAAGGAUGUACGGUGAGCGCUGAUGGAAACUGCUGCUCCAAUAUGAGUGUUCAUGAUGUUGGCGGUAGACGACGCUUUGAGGACUCCGAGCUCACCCUGCGCAUCUACCCGGGGAUCAUUGCAGAGGGCACUAUCUACUGCCCUGUCGCCGCCCGUAAGAUCACUUCGGCUGCAGAGGUCAUCGAGCAGGUUAUCGAUCGGCUGCAGCUAGAUCGGACAAAAUGUUACGUCUUGGCGGAAGUGAAGGAGUUCGGUGGGGAGGAGUGGAUUCUCAACCCCACCGAUUAUCCCGUCCAGCGCAUGAUGCUAUGGCCUCGCAUGGCACUGGAGAACCGCUUCAGCAGCGAGGACUACCGCUUCCUGCUGCGCGAGAAGAACCUGGACGGUUCCAUCCACUAUGGAAACUUGCAGAUGUGGUUGCAAGUCACAGAAGAGCGCCGGCGCAUGGUAGAGCGGGGCUUCCUGCCGCAGCCUUUGCCAAAGGACUUCGAUGACUUGUGCAACCUGCCGGACCUCAACGAGAAGACCCUGCUGGACAACCUGCGUAGUCGCUUCAAGCAGGAGAAGAUCUACACCUACGUGGGCAGCAUCCUUAUAGUCAUCAACCCCUUCAAGUUUCUUCCAAUCUAUAACCCCAAAUAUGUCAAAAUGUAUGAUAAUCACCAGCUAGGCAAGUUGGAGCCACACAUUUAUGCAGUGGCAGAUGUGGCCUACCAUGCCAUGCUGCAGAGCAGACAGAAUCAAUGCAUUGUUAUUUCUGGGGAGAGUGGAUCGGGCAAAACUCAAAGCACCAACUUCCUGAUCCACCAUCUCACAGCUCUCAGUCAGAAGGGCUUUGCAAGUGGAGUGGAGCAGAUCAUUCUUGGUGCUGGACCGGUGCUGGAGGCUUUUGGCAACGCAAAGACAGCACAUAACAAUAACUCCAGCCGUUUUGGGAAGUUCAUCCAAGUGAACUAUCAGGAAAGUGGCACUGUUAGAGGAGCAUAUGUAGAGAAAUACCUGCUGGAGAAGUCCAGACUCGUCUAUCAGGAACACAAUGAAAGGAAUUACCACGUGUUUUACUACCUGCUGGCAGGAACGAGUGAAGAGGAGAGGACAGCGUUCCACCUCAAAAAGCCUGAAGAAUACCAUUACCUCAAUCAGAUGACAAAGAAACCUCACAGGCCGCACUGGGGAAAUUACUAUGAGAAUGAACCGCAGGAUUGCUUCACAGUGGAAGGGGAGGAUCUUAAGCAUGACUUUGAGCGCUUGCAGCUGGCUAUGGAGAUGGUGGGCUUCCUUCCCACCACGCGUAAACAGAUAUUCUCUUUGCUAUCAGCUAUUCUUCAUUUAGGGAAUAUCCGAUACAAGAAGAAGAUCUACCGGGAUGACUCCAUUGACAUCUGCAAUCCUGAGGUUCUCCCAGUAGUAUCAGAGCUGCUUGAGGUCAAGGAGGAAAUGCUCUUUGAGGCCCUGACCACACGGAAGACUGUGACAGUGGGCGAGAAGCUGAUAGUCCCCUACAAACUAGCAGAGGCUGGGACAGUAAGAGACUCUAUGGCAAAGUCACUCUACAGUGCCCUUUUUGACUGGAUUGUGUUCAGGAUAAAUCACGCCUUACUCAACCAAAGGGACUUGGAGGAGUCAGCCAAGAUCCUGUCCAUCGGGGUCCUCGAUAUCUUUGGCUUCGAAGACUACGAAAACAACAGCUUCGAGCAAUUCUGCAUCAACUUCGCCAACGAGAGACUUCAGCACUAUUUCAACCAACACAUUUUCAAGCUGGAACAGGAAGAGUACAGGGCAGAAGGCAUUACCUGGCAUAACAUUGAUUACAUUGAUAACACCAGCUGCAUCACCCUCAUCAGCAAGAAGCCCACAGCACUGCUCCACCUACUGGAUGAAGAGUGCAAUUUUCCACAGGCCACCAAUCAGACCCUUCUGGACAAGUUCAAACGGCAGCAUGAAGGAAACAGCUACAUUGAGUUUCCUGCAGUGAUGGAGCCAGCUUUCAUCAUUAAACACUAUGCAGGAAAAGUCAAAUAUGGUGUGAAGGACUUCAGGGAGAAGAACACGGACCACAUGCGGCCAGACAUCGUCGCGCUCCUCAAGAGCAGUAAGAACGCCUUCAUCUGUGGGCUGAUCGGCAUUGACCCAGUGGCCACAUUCCGUUGGGCUGUGCUCCGAGCCUAUUUCAGAGCCAUGGUGGCCUUCAGGGAUGCUGGCAAAAGACAUGUGGAGAAACGCAGCGGGCAUGACGCUGCUGCUCCAGCUGUGAAAAGUGUGGAUAGCUUUAGUUUUCUGCAUCACCCUGUGCAUCAGAGAAGCUUAGAGAUCCUGCAGAGGUGCAAAGAGGAGAAAUACAUCCAGCAUGCAUGUUUUUCGGGCAGUCCUCCACUGUCCCCUCACUGGAGCCCCAGCUCGACUCCUCCAGCUCACUGCACGCACUCGUUUUUCGACGACAGCGGGCUCACAAUAGGUCUGCUUGAUGGAGGUGUGAACAGGAGGAAUCCUCGCACUCCGCUCUCUGAUCUGCAGGGAAGCAACGCAAUUAAUCAACGAGAGGGCUGGAAUGGGCGUCCUGGGAGACAGAACCGCCUGUCUUCAUUUGGAUCCUUCAGUGAGGAGGAGGGAAUCUUCAUCAACUCUACCAGCAGUAAACUCCUGGAGCGAGCCCAUGGCAUCCUUAUGAGAAAUAAAAACUAUAAGAUGAAGCCCAGUCUUCCUAAGCACUUGCUAGAUGUAAAGUCUCUAAAGUAUCUGAGCAACCUUACGUUACAAGACCGCAUUACAAAGUCCCUGCUGCAUCUCCACAAGAAAAAGAAACCUCCAAGUAUUAGUGCUCAAUUCCAGGCCUCCCUCAACAAGCUGAUGGAGACUCUUGGUCAGUCACAGCCAUACUUUGUGAAGUGCAUACGAUCAAACUCAGAGAAGCUUCCUCUGCGGUUUAAUGAUAGUCUGGUGCUAAGACAACUUCGCUACACAGGCAUGCUGGAAACUGUGCGAAUCCGACAAUCUGGCUACAGCAUCAAGUACACUUUUCAGGACUUUGCGCGACACUUCCAUGUGUUGUUACCAGAGGGUUCCAAUCAAGCCAGCCAGGAGGCUAUCAGACAGUACCUGCAGCAGGUGGAUCUCACUCCUGAAGGCUUCCAAGUGGGCCGUACCAUGGUGUUCCUCCGUGAAAUAGAGAGGCAGCGGCUGCAGGACCUGCUCCAUAAGGAGGUGCUGAGCAGAAUCGUUUAUCUUCAGAGACGCUUCAGAGCUCUUCUAGAAAGAAAGAACUUCCUCAGAGUAAGACAGGCGGCCUGCCAAAUUCAGAACUGGUGGAGGAGCUGUCAGUCUUUACAGAGGGACAGCCAGCUUGAGUAUGACAUGCGUGUCCAGGAGGGGGCAGUGGUCUGUAUCCAGUCAGCCUGGAGGGGCUUUAGAGAGAGGCGUAGACUCCUGCUAUGGAGAGAGGCAUCUGUGCUGAUCCAGAGAACCUGGAGGCUAUAUCGGCAGAGACGGGCAGCCCUCCAGAUCCAGACUGCAUGGAGAAGACAUAGAGCCAGAGAGCUCUUCCUCCGCCAGCGGGAUGCCACCAUCCGCCUGCAGGCUGUGGGUAGAGGCUAUCUGGCAAGACAGAGAUUUAGAGAGCUUCAAAAGCAGAGAUUAAAAAUAACUCAUCUGCCGAAUGGAAAGGCUAGUUUGUUAACAGAAGAGGACAAGCUUGAAGACAUGGGUUUGGAUGCGAGCAUGUUGGAAGACUCCUUUGAGGAGCAGGACAGGAGCAAACAGGCUCUCAGUAGUGCAGUAGAGGCAUCUGGAGCAGGUGUUUUGGAAGAGAUGGAGGUAGAGAUGAUGGAGGGCAUGGCACCAGCACAACCUUCCCCUGAAGUGACAAUCCGAGAGAGGCCGCGGACUCUAGAGGAUCCCAACCAGAGGACACGAGCCAAGCGGGAGAGCCGGCGGAUGCGAGAGCUGGAGCAGGCCAAAUUUAGCUUGGAACUUCUUAAGGUGCGGUCCACUGGAGGAACGUCUCCUUCGGACGAAAGGCGCUGGUCAAUGGAGCUGGUCAGCGAGAUCGCUCACACUCCUCAGGGUACUCCAGACAGCCAGAGCUCUAAAGGCAGCUUUGAGCUACUCAAUAUAGAUGACUAUUUCAAAGACAAGGCACCUUGUGCUGAACCAGAGGACCUUGGUUCUCCUUCUUCUGUGCCUGACCAGCACAAUGUGUUGCCCUCUGACACUUCCACACCUGAUAUCUUGUCCAAACCAGAUGACCAAUCUAAACCUCCCAGAAUGCAAUAUUCACUUCCAACUUUCUACACACCUCCAUCCGAAAGUAGCUCUCUAGUCAUAAAGUCUACCACCAAUUCAGUCACCCCGUGCCCUGAUGGCCUUAGCAAGCCUUCGAAAGACAAGAAGGAGUCCACUCGGAGACCCAUGGUUGUGGUUAUUAGUAUGCAGAAGGAAACUCUUUUAAAUGAAGCAGAUGUAAAGCCUCUAGAGGUCAAAGACAGCGCUGCCCAGACCAGCGAGCCACCCAGCCCAGCACAACCUAGCACUGACAGCAGUUACGUCCUGGAGAAGCUAGAGAAACUCAACGAGGAGAAGGAAGAGAGGCAGAAGCAUCAACGACAACAAAAUGAAAAAGAGAUGAUGGAGCAGAUCCGUCAACAGACGCACAUCCUAGAAGAACAACGUAGGAAUUUAGUCCAAAACGAGAGGGAGAAGUUAGAAAAGCAGAGAGCCGAGACUCUGCGAAGGAUCGAGCAAAGUAGACAGGAGAGUUCUGGAGGAAGGACAGACAGACCUGCUCCCAUUGCCCAGCCAGAGCCUGACCUCACCUCCCAGAGACCAGCCCGAGAAAAGGACGGUGCUCCUCUGAUUCUCAGAGACCGACCAAAGGACGCACAGAAUUUAGCAGAAGGGUGGGCACCCAAGUUGACUUUGGAAUCCAGAGGGGAUGAAGCCAGAAGUAGAAUAAAUAAGAAACCGUCCAAUCAGAAUGUCAACAUCAGCAUGUCUGAAAGGCCAGGAAACAUCUUCUUUUCUCCAAAGACUAAGAUUGCCUACUCAAAGCUGAAUAAGGACUUGGCCAAUCAAGAAAAAACACCAGGAGCCCAGAAUGAAGUGAGCCUUUUGGGUUAUAAAUCCACAAAGACUGAGGUUGGCAGACCAGGUCAUAAAAAAGCCCGCAUGGCACGGACACGUUCAGACUUCCUCACCCGCAGCUCAAGCACCCAGGGAGAGGGGGAGUCAGAGGAGGAGGAGUACGAUGAGACCCCUCUGUACGCUGGCACACCCCUCCCCAAGCAGGAUUCAGAGGAGAGCGCAGUAGAGGCUUGUCACAGUGACUCCGAAAUGCUGACCACAGCCGCUGAGGAGCAGAAGAACAGAUGUAAAACCCUGCCGUCUGGAGAGCUGGGCAAACACGACACCAGGAAGAACUCUCACGGAGAUGGAAGGGUCCGUGGUAAAAUGCGGUUUUGGGGAAAGGCAAAGAAUGCGGAGAAGAAGAGCUCUCGAGAACGGUUGUUGUGUGGCAGCGAUACUUUAGAAGGAGACUACACUGAAGCGACACUUCUGAUGGAAGAGGGGGUAGAGCGCCUGUCUCCUCCUCACAGCCCAGACCUGACAUUACAGAGGGAGUUUAAGGAGAACAAAGAGCCGUCCCCAAAAGUGAAGCGCAGGCGAAGUGUGAAGAUCAGCAGCGUGGCUCUGGAGCCCGUCCAGUGGCAGAACGAUGCCCUGCAGAUACUCACAUGCACCAGUGACUACAAGAGCAUGAACGAUUUUCUCAUGAAGAAGAUUACCGAUUUGGACACAGAAGAUGGGAAGAAAGACACAAUGGUGGAUGUUGUCUUCAAAAAGGCACUAAAGGAGUUCCGCGUGAAUAUCUUCAACUCAUACUCCACGGCUUUAGCUAUGGAUGAUGGGAAGAGCAUUCGUUAUAAGGAUCUCUAUGCCCUCUUUGAGCAAAUCCUGGAGAAGAACAUGCGCCAGGAGCAGAGGGACUGGAGUGAGUCACCGGUGAAAGUUUGGGUCAACACCUUCAAAGUGUUUCUGGAUGAGUUCAUGACCGAACACAAACCUCUGGACAGCAGUCUGGGCAAGGCACCCAAACCAGACCGCAAGAAGAGAAGGAAAAAAGACACUGACGUAGUAGAGGAACACAACGGCCACAUAUUCAAGUCCACUCAGUACAGUAUUCCCACCUACUGCGAGUACUGCUCCUCCCUCAUCUGGAUGAUGGACAAGGCGUGUGUCUGCAAACUGUGCCGCUAUGCGUGUCACAGAAAGUGCUGUCAGAAAAUGACCACCAAAUGCAGCAAGAAGUAUGACCCAGAACUUUCGUCGAGACAGUUUGGCGUGGAGUUGUCCCGUCUGACCAACGACGAGCGAACGGUGCCUUUAGUUGUCGAGAAACUCGUCAAUUAUAUUGAAAUGCACGGCCUGUACACGGAGGGGAUCUACAGGAAGUCUGGAUCCACCAAUAAGAUUAAGGAACUGAAGCAGGGUCUGGACACAGAUGUAAAUGGUGUAAAUCUGGACGACUACAACAUUAACGUGAUCGCCAGCGUUUUCAAGCAGUGGUUACGUGACUUGCCUAAUCCUCUGAUGACCUUUGAACUGUAUGAGGAAUUCCUGCGGGCCAUGGGCCUCCAGGACAAAAAGGAAGUGAUUCGAGGAGUUUACUCUGUAAUCGACCAGCUGAGCAGAACCCAUCUAAACACACUGGAGCGCCUUAUUUUCCAUUUGGUCAGGAUUGCCUUGCAGGAGGAAACAAACCGCAUGUCCGCGAAUGCGCUGGCUAUCGUGUUCGCCCCCUGUAUCCUGCGCUGCCCUGACACCAUCGACCCUCUGAGGAGCGUUCAGGACAUUGGGAAAACCACAGCGUGUGUUGAGCUGAUCAUUUGUGAGCAGAUGAAUAAGUACAGGGCCCGGCUAAAAGACAUCAAUACUUUGGAAUUUGCAGAGAACAAAGCCAAGAGCCGACUAACGUUCAUCCGCAGGUCCAUGAAACCCGUAAUAAUUGCUGUUAGAUUUAUGAGCAUAACCCGCAGUGCUGCGGCGUCCGGUUCAAUGAGAAAGGGUAAAGGCCCCGUGCACAGGUUGAGGUAUCGCACACCGUCUCCUCCAACGAGUCCUCGCUCUCCCACCGCCCCGGAGGUCAUGCAGGACAGUGGAGAAGAGGAACCGGGCAGAGAUCCUGAAGUCUCUGAGCAGCAACAGGUCGCCAUGCAGCAGGAAGAGAAAGUACUGACUGAACAAAUCGAGAGCCUGCAGAAAGAGAAGGAAGAGCUGACGUUUGAGAUGCUCGCUCUGGAGCCACGGGCAUCUGAUGAUGAGACCCUGGAGUCUGAGGCCUCAAUAGGCACAGCAGACAGCUCUGAAAACCUCAAUGUGGACUCUGAGGGAGCCACUUCUGACUACUCUGAGCGAGGCCCAGCGCUGGCCGCCACGAGGCCCAAGAAGUCUGAAGGAAAGAGCAGACGAGUUCUGCGGAAACAACCCGAAUCUCUGGACUCCAUAGAUUCCUGUUCCACCGUCUCCUCUGUGUCGUCAUCCUACAUGCAACCGACCUCGAGAACCCAUAAAUUAAGCUUGCGGUCCAAAUCGCCUUCCAAACGGUUAUAUCUGUCAAGCCCAUCCGAAAGCCUGGACCAGCCGGAGCAGGACGGAGAAGAGAGGCCGCAGUUCACCAGCCGCGGGACCUUCAACCCAGAGAAAGGCAAACAGCGGCUGCAGGGGGCCAAGAGCUCGCCUCAGAGACACCGAGAGCAGAAGAAGGAUCCCGAGCUGUCGCCGCAGCAGGUGGUGGUGUACGGCAGCAACGAGUUCAUGGUAUGAAGGCCACACGGAAACACAUCCAUCCACAGAGAAGAGCUCCAUCCCUCCCUGCUAGCUCACUUUUGCUGCAUUAUAGUCCUUAAGUGCCAUGUUGAGGAGAGAGAUGGGCGGCUUUCCGAUCUGCAUGCGGAAGAGCAGGGCAAAGGGAAUGUAGAACCCUUCCCGCACGGGAUGUUCUCCUUUGGGCUCCGUGACUGUGAUCGAUCCAAAGGCGGGAGACGAAGCCAUUGAACUCCACCAAUUCAAGCUACAAAUCACGGGCUGCUUUGAUGUUUACAGUUUAGUACCACGCGAGCAGCAUUCUCUACGAUGUAUUUGCCCCCCUUCCCCACCCUAAGCCUAUUUAAUAAAUUUUAUUUACAUUGAAUAUAUAAAUCUAUAUAAAUAUAUUAUGUGAUAUAAAGUGUACAAAGCAGAGCACCAGUGACUGCUGGCUCUUUGAAUUCUUAUAUCUUGUAAUGGUCAUGAGAGAGAGAUGAUGUUGGGUUUGUACUGAUGCUAUGUUCAAGCUCCUCUGUAUGAGUGUGAGACGAGUGUGUGUGUCUUACGAGAGAACCUCUGGAUAUGUUUGUGCUGCUUUCUGUGUUCUGCUUGGAGGGAAAAUGAUGCCAUUAAGGGACCAAGCAAACUGGUGUUAUAAUGCCAGAGGAUCCCAACGCUAAACGGAGACUCCAAAGUCUUCCAAAACCGCCACACAGUGUAUUACGUCAUUACAGCCAUCCAUCAAUUCAUACUUUUCCCAUUCCUGUUUUUGUUUUGUGCUCAUCUGCCUCGAUAUUUCUUUAAGAAAUGUGUUAAAAUGCUAAACCGCAGUUACUGGAUUCCUUAUGGUAUUUUAAAUAUAAUCAUUUUUGUCUUCAAAACCAUGGGAGCAUUCGUGUCUUGAAGCUCCUCUAUCCAGAAAUUGACUUAAUAUAUAUUACUCGACAGUCUCUUCUGCCUCUCUCUCUAUAUGAAACAUAGUGUGAUAUGCCCCAUAUUGUUUUCUAAAUAUUUAAUGAUUAAAUAGAAUCCAACUGUAUUAAUCCACACAAGUGCAUUUGUUCCGAUUUGACACCACCGUCAUUCACAACCUCCAGGAACCGAAAUGAACAAACUUAGUAAUUUUACCAGCAAAAUAUCCCAUUUAUGAUGCCUGUGUCACUGCUUUCUGCACAGCUCAGAAACAGCAGUUGUCACCCAAUGUUAAACUGUGAUUAUACCCAGUAACUUCUGCAUGUGGUGGGCUGUAUUUUAUUUCUUUCUCUAGGAGCGAGCGUAUGGACCUACAGUAUACACAAUCUCCCAAUUUUGACUUAAUUUAUAUUGUAUUAUUUCGAUCUCGUGCAUUGCUGACACUGGUCAUGCCGCCUGCAGGAUUGAGCAAACAACUGUCUGGUCUCAGAUUUGUCUUCUGUUAUGUGGAGUUGAGUGUUGAACAAAUAUUUCUUAUGAAAGAGCAAAAUAAAAAAGUCAACAAUGGUUGUAAAAUAAAUUACACAUUUUGAAC